AUGUCACCCAAUCAAAUCCAUAUAGGUUUAAUCGAUUUUGAUUAUGCUUGGAUGGAACAAGAGAAUAUUGAUUCGUCUAAUUCUAAUCAAGUAAAAGAUACUAUAGUCAAUGAUUUUUAUCGAGUACCUCAAUUCGAUGUACAAUCAUCGAAUACGAAUGGUUACGAUGAGAACAUUGAAGAAAUUGAAUUUGAUAGACGAAGUCGAACAAUCGAUACAAGUUGUAUUUCUGCUAUUCUUUAUUGGAUGACCACAGGACGUGAACCGAAAUGUUCAAUAGAUCUUAAUGGAAAAGCACCGCAUCAACGAAAUGGUGUUCAAGAAAUAAUUCAUAAGAAAUUAUUAUUGGAAGCAGGCAAAAAAAUAACACUUCUUCUUUCUGCUUAG